UUCAGCAGUAAACUGUCACACACUUCAUUUGAUUUUCUUUGUGCCUCUGUGAGUAGACCUACAGAAACACUACAACCAUGGCAGGUGGAUGCAUCAUUGCUUUGAUGGUCAUUGUCGUUAUAUUAAAUAUCUUUGCAGCGGCAACAGGAUUGGCAUUAUGUGCAUUAGCCAUUUGGGUAGUCGUAGAUCCGUAUAAAAUGUACCCAAUAUGUGCUGCAUCGGGAAAGAAUGACAUCUUCGCAGCAGCCUGGAUAGCCAUUUUCACAGGUUUUGCCUACUUCUGCACUGCCAUUUUUGGUGUCUUCGCCGCUCUGAGAAAGAAACGGUCACUCAUGCUGACGUAUCUGAUCCUCAUGUUCAUCAUCUACGUUUUCGAAUGUGCAUCCUGCAUCACAGCGGUCACCAACAGAGACUUUCUACUUGGGAACAGUAACCAGGUGAAGUAUCAGAUGCUGAGGUACUACACAGACAACAGUGUCCAAGGAACGCAGAUCACCAGUACUUGGGACAAAGUAAUGCAAGAUGCUCAGUGCUGUGGGACAGAUACUCCACUGGACUGGGUGCAGUAUAAUUCCACCUUCAUGCAGAAUUCGGGCAGCACAAACCUCUGGCCCAUCAAUUGCUGUGUGAGUAAUCCUGGCACUGGUGUUGCUGACCCAAGUGGCUGCAAGCUUGGACUGAGCAGUGCAAUGUUCAACAAGGGUUGUUUCAGCUACAUCCAGUCUACACUGAAUCGUUAUACCUGGGCCAUAAGCUGGUAUGGAUUUUCCGUACAAAUGUUCAUGUUUUUUGUCCUGCUGAUUGCCAUUGUGUACGUCAUACUCCUGGACUAAUAAUUAAAAAAUCCAAAAUGCUAAUGUUGCAUAUGAAUAAAAUCUAUCAGUGUAAUAUGUACCUGUUAGAUUUUGUUCAUUUAUAGCAUUCUUGGUUUUGGAACAGUGCCACAUAUGAACUGCCUCCUGCUGCCAAGAGCUUCCUUCAAGGCAAACUCCGAUUGCACAACACUUACCGUUUUCUGUUUAUUGAGCACUAAUAAAAAUGUUUUGUCUUUGACUGGCAUAAGUGGCAAUGUUCCAUUUGAACUGUUGUGGGUUUUCAUUAUAUAUUUCCCUCCAUUAUUUAAAAAGAACAGUCUUGUUUAUUGGUUUUUCCUCUUAUAGCAAUUGUACAUUUACAGCAAUACAUAUUUAUGCAAUGUUUUAAUCAAUUAAAUGUAUGCAAAUGUUUUAAUCAGUUAAAUGUAUUAAAUAUAUGGACUGUUAAGAAUUGUGUUAAUAAACAAUGACGUACGUUUUUGCU